AUGGCACAAGAAGUCGCUGGCAUAUUGGCAGCUGAGGUGCUUUCUCUGCCAUUCCGCGAGGCGAAAAUUCGACUCAGCAAAGCAAUCGCCUCUAAGGGUGUCGAUCGGAUCAGCCGCAAGUCCUUGUACAAAUACCAGCCUCUUCCAGACCAAGAGCAUAUUCGAUUGCUAUGGCUGUCCAAAGAUGACAACGGCGAGCUCUGUUUUGAGCUCGACGCGGUCAAUUUAGGGAAUGCGCCAUUGUACGAGGCGGUUUCGUAUACCUGGGGCAUCCCAUCUCGAACAGCUUUUGUGUCCCACCGCUACUCUGGCAGACGUUUGAACAUCACACAGAAUUGCUAUGAUGUGUUGCAGAACCUUUGUGAGAGGGCGCCGCGGGUGCUUUGGAUCGACGCUAUGUGUAUCAACCAAGAUGAUCUCAACGAGCGUGGACAGCAGGUCGCCAUCAUGGCUCGCAUCUUCCAAGGCGCCUUACGAACCAUCGCGUACGUUGGCCCUAGCGACGACGACUUUACUCACGUCCAAAGAGCUUGCGCAGAAUUCGGCAACGGGACGGGCGUGUUUGGACCACUUAUGCGACAUGUUCUCCACCAGGUUCAGGAUCACGGCGCUCGAUCUCGAGAGUACCUCAGCCUUCUCAGGACGGAUGACGACAUCCAGGCUCACGUCGGAUGCUCUUUAUUUCUUGGAGAGGAUUAUCGCUUGAUUGCCCGAGGAAUCCUUGCCCGGCGAACUCUUUAUUGGCAACUUGCAAGGCUCCAAUAUCGUGGACCCUUGGUCCAACUUGCACGAAAGGUAGAGCAUUGUUUGCGGUUUCUUGUCAUUGAGACCAAUGCCAUCUACACUACUGCUUAUACCUUUUGGGGUCGCAGUGUGCGCUAUGACGACCGAUCUAUGCGCAUUGCCGCACUCAAGGUUGAGAAUGCAACGAAGGCGCUAAAAGAUUGCCUGUGGGCGCUCGAUGAAGAAGCACUCAUGUUACGGCAUAUCAGGACCUGCCUGGUCCUACCAGACAAGGGCUUGGUGUUUGCAGCUCCAAAAUAUACAGCAGUGGAUGGUGGCGCUGCUGUGGAGAUCGAGACCAGUGCUCUUCCCGACUAUCGUUCGGCAAUCGAGCAUAGUGAAGUCGGCACGAGAACCACGGUAGUAUCCUAUAGUGAGCGUAGACCUACACCUACAGCACCAACACAUUCCCGAGAUACGGCGGUGGCACUGUUGUCCAGCGCAGCCCUCGACGGAGGACAGAACCACGUCCGCGUCGCCAGGCUCACAUCAUGUGUGUUGCAUCUUUCCGGCGUGUGGAAGGAUCGGCUAGAAGUUCCUUUCGGGGGCUUGACAUCAUACGAGUCGGCUGAAAAAGCAGCUUUGCAUCGUAUCAACACAACGUGUGAUCAGUGGCGCAUGGUUUUUGUCGCGAUGUCGGCACUUGGUGCGGCGUUUGGAACACUGUUCAAUCGUCCGUGGUUCUCCAGGACGUGGAUACUCCAAGAGGUGCUUUUGUCACCGCGCGUUGUUGUUCAAGCGGGCAGGGACUCUUUCCCAUUCGCGGACCUGAGAUUGAUCAUCGCAAUCGACCCAAGGCUCGCUAGUGACAUGCUUAGUAACCCGGGCAACGUUGUCCUAUCCGAUUAUCUACCUUCCCUCGGACUUCCGAAGUUGUUCAAGAUUGUGGCAGAACAGUGA